AGCGGUUGGGCCAGCUAUCUAAAGUUAGUCGGCUAACUACAUGUAGGGUGUUCGUGCUUUUGUGUUGAACUGCAUUGGAAGGGCUGCAUGAUGGCGGCCGCCAUACAUUUCCUACUGUAUCCACCCCCUGUGUUUAUGUAACUAAACGUAACUUGCUAAGUUGCUAGUUGUGCGCAAGGACACUGACCAACAGAACAGUCUGUACUAUCCUGAGCUAUCUAGCGUUGGUUGGCUUGCUAGUUAAGUCACUUAACGCAAGCUAGUUAAUACUAGUCUUAAGUAAACGGGCGACAAUUUAAAGUUGUUAGCUAACUAUCAUUAGAUACCCAGCUACCUAGCCAGUCUUCAAGGUCUACGACAUUGAAAUGUAUUAACUAUCGUUGUUGUCUUUUCCUUUCCCUCUAGCUAACCGUCAGUAGUCAGCCAACGUGUAAGCUGUGACGCGUGUUUGAAAGGUAACUUCAGGGGGCGACGGUACAAGUGUUUAAUUUGCUACGACUACGACCUGUGUGCUUCGUGCUAUGAAGGUGGAGCCACCACCACCAGACACACCAGAGAACACGCCAUGCAGUGCAUUCUGACCCGGGUUGACUUUGACCUUUACUACGGAGGUGAGGCCUUCUCAGUAGAGCAACCUCAGGCUUUUACUUGUCCUUACUGUGGCAGGAUGGGCUACACAGAGACCUCUCUGCAGGAACACGUGGCUGCAGAGCACACAGAGACCUCCUCUGAGGUGAUCUGUCCCAUAUGCGCUUCGCUGCCCGGUGGUGACCCAAAUCAUGUGACGGACGACUUUGCUGCUCAUCUCACACUUGAACACAGAGCCCCCAGAGACUUGGACGAGUCCAGUGGGGUGCGUCACGUGAGGCGGAUGUUCCACCCGGGUCGGGGUCUAGGGGGCCCGAGGGCGCGGCGCUCCAACAUGCACUUCACCUCCUCAACCUCUGGGGGGCUCUCCACCACACAGACGUCCACACAGAGCUCCAACUACAACAGAGAGGCCAUGGACCCCAUUGCAGAGCUCCUGUCCCAGUUGUCUGGGGUUCGUAGGUCGGCAGGGGGUCAGCUGAGUUCUGGUCCUUCAGCCUCCCAGCUACAGCAGCUCCAGAUGCAGCUUCAGCUGGAGCGCCAGCAGGCCCAGGUGGCUCGGCAGCAGUUGGAGACGGCCCGGAGCGCCACCCAACGUGGCACCACUCGUAACUCCACCAACGGCGGGCUGAACGCCAACCCGAGCCCCGGGCAUCACAGCGCCGACCCCGGCUCCUCCACCAACGCCAGCCCCAACCCCGGACAGACCGGCGCACACACUCCGCACAACAGCUCCCAGUUCCUCCUCAACAGACUGAGUGAGCCCAGGUUGUCCGAGACCGAGCGUCAGCUUAGCGAAGGUCAGUGGGCAGACCGCUCUCUCUUCGUUACGGAGCUCCUCCUCUCCACCCUGCUGGCCAAUCCCGACCACAGUGACGACGACAAUCUCCAUAGCUACCACGACGCUGUGACUCGAGGCUCGGACGCCUUUUUUGACUUCGGCGCCUUCGGAGACAUGGGCUGCAUGGAGGUCAUGACCUUGGACGUGGCGCUGGAGAACCUUAACCUCCGAGAACAGAAGAGGAAGGAGCAGCCCCCAGCGUCCCCACCUCUUUCAUGAUGUCACCGGUGACCACUGCUGCAAUGUUUAAAACCCCCCACCAACCACCCCGCCCCACCGCCAACCACCACCGGGUGUCAACUGCCAAUGGAGAAAGACUGACGAAGAAAAGAGGCAACGGCUCCUUUUGGCUUGGUUAUUUUUUUGGGGGGGGGGCGUGGGGGGUUGGGGGAUGUCAUCUGUCACCCCCCCUCCCCCUUCCCGUUUGGACAUGAAGUCAGAUGUGAGAAUGUGGAAGUGAGCGAGGGAGUGUUGUGAGCGAGCGAGGGAGGGAGAGAACAUGAACUAUAUAUUAAAUCUAUAUAAAUAAAUCUAUACGAAAGGAAGCCGAUAAUCAGCUCCACAUGAAGCCCUGUGUUAAACUCUAACAGCUAAAUGUAGGACUAGUAGAGGCUGGGCAGCCGUUUGGUAAUUUAUUAUUGUAAAUGAAUCCACGGUCGCGGUUCAGCAGGAAGACUGCAGCAGAUGGACUCUCCCAGCAGCUCGGCUGCCCGUGUUGACGGUGGUAGAAAGUGAAUCCUGCUUUGACGUCUCAGCUCAUCAACACGUCUGCCUGUCGAGAUUCUCCACCGUUUCUCGGUGGACCCUGUUUUAUCAACAGCCCCUGUCAGGGCCAUCUUCCAUUUAGUGGUUAGGCGUUCCAACACGGCGAGCUGGGUGUCUUUACUGAGUCUAAGCACGUCAAAGGUCCUAUGUGAUGGGACAGUGUCUGCUCUCUGUGUUUCUCCCCAGUUCGCUGUUAGUGGGGGGGGGGGGGGGGGGGGGGGUGUUUAAUAAUCAUUAAUCCCCCCGUGGACUGUUGUUGGGUGACCGGUUUUAACUAUUUAUAAUUUAGUGGUUUUAUUAUUUUGGCUCCUCACAUGACAUCACCUACGGGGUCAUGUGACCUCGCUUCAUGCAGACCGUGGACCCUUUCUUUAACUGCAUAUCCAGAGAAACUUCAUAAAGUACACAAAGCACUACGUACGCUUCACAGGAAGUGGUGAUGUUGGGGCGGAAUGGCCGUAGCGUCACAAUGACAAUAAAAAUAAAGGUAUAUGGGACGUUCGGAAGGUGUUUACUAAAAGCAGGUUUUCUGAAGCGGGAAUGUUACUACGGGAACACAAAGGGUCUUCUCAGAUGUCCUCACCUCCUCUGGCCUCUUUAAAUAGGUCAAAGGCCGUCAUUGGGGUAUAUGUACACGUGUGUUGAAUGUGACUGUUCCCUCAGCUGCACCUGUGCUUUCUAAAGCGAAUUACGUUUACAUGGGUGGAUUCCAAAAUAAAUAUGUAAAGUGCUAAAAACUAAGUUGUGCAAUACAUUUUAUUGAUUAAACAAUAGCUAAUACAU